GCUUGCAUCAGAUCUCACAGAACAAAGUGGCAGUGCUGCUGCUGGCUGGAGGACAAGGCACUCGCCUGGGAGUGAGCUACCCCAAGGGCAUGUACAACGUGGGGCUGCCCAGUGGCAAGACCUUGUAUCAGAUCCAAGCAGAAAGGAUCCGCAAGGUGGAGCAGCUCGCUGGCCAGAGAUACCACUGCAAGUGUGCCAUCCCCUGGUACAUCAUGACAAGCGAGUUCACGCUGAGGCCGACAGAAGAGUUCUUUGUGGAGCACAACUACUUCAACCUGGAUAGAGCCAACGUGGUCAUGUUUGAACAGAGGAUGCUGCCUGCUGUCACCUUUGAUGGGAAAGCCAUCUUGGAGGGGAAGGGGAAAAUCGCUAUGGCUCCAGAUGGCAAUGGUGGCUUGUACCGUGCUUUGGUGGAUAAUAAGAUCUUGGAUGACAUGAAGCAGCGUGGAAUCCAGUAUGUCCAUGUCUACUGUGUGGACAAUAUCCUCGUGAAGAUGGCAGAUCCUGUCUUCAUAGGCUUUUGUGUUUCCAGAGGGGCAGAUUGUGGUGCAAAGGUGGUGGAGAAGGCCUACCCCACAGAGCCUGUUGGGGUGGUGUGCUGUGUGGAUGGGCUCUAUCAGGUGGUGGAGUACAGUGAGAUCAGCCUGGAGACUGCGCAGCAGCAGCGCCCCGGGGGGGGCCUGACGUACAGCACGGGCAACAUCUGCAACCACUUCUUCACAGUGGAGUUCCUGGAGAUGGUGGCCCAGAAAUAUGAGCCGCAGCUGAAGCAUCAUGUAGCCAUAAAGAAGGUGCCCUACAUUGACGAGGAGGGAAAUCUGGUAAAGCCGCUAAAACCGAACGGGAUAAAGCUGGAGAAGUUUGUGUUUGAUGUGUUCCAGUUCUCUAAGAAUUUUGUGGCGUUCGAGGUUUUGAGAGAAGAAGAGUUCUCGCCACUAAAAAACGCAGACUCAGCUGACAAGGACACCCCCAGCACUGCUCGCCAGGCCCUCCUGGCCCAGCACUACCGCUGGGCCCUCAAGGCUGGGGCCAGAUUUCUGGAUGAAAACGGUUGCAGGAUACCAGAGAAACUCAGUCUCUCAGGAACUGAAGAUCCUCCGGCUGUCUGUGAGAUUUCUCCGUUAGUGUCUUACUUUGGAGAGGGUCUGGAGGCAUACAUGAAGAACAAAGACUUCACUUCUCCCUUUGUACUCGAUGAAGACAAAGCAGAAAUUCUAGGAAACUCCUGA